GAGCCAAAGGUGUACAGUGAGAAGAUCAUCUUUAGUACGGGCUGCAGUUCCGAUAUCUGUGUGGCUGAUCUGGAAGUUAAAAGCCACAAUUUGGAUCACACAUACAUUCUCGGCAGUAGUCGUACACUGGCCGUCACAUAUGACAUAACCAACAAUGGCGAGACAGCUUAUCUACCUCAAAUCAGCAUCACUUCAUCGAAUCGUAUGCCCUUCGCCAAAAUACCUGGUAACUGCCGUAUCAAAGAUAACGACUACUUGGAAUGCGAUUUGAAUAAUGGCGUUGCAAUGGCGAGAGGCGCCAAAGACUCAUUUACUGCUAUUUUCGAUGUUGCUGGCAUAUCGGGAAAACCAGUGAUUCUAACCGCCAAGGUGUUCAGUACAGGCAAGGAGGCUAACGAAGCCAAUAACAUGAUCACCGAUGUAAUAACACUCGGAGAAUUCACCGAAAUCGAUAUAGUCGG